CACAAGCGGAAGUAAAUAGUCGCCAUGGCAUGUUAGCUAGUGAGAGGGGAUAAAGUAGCAAGUUAAGCGUGGGUGCUCCAUUAAAUUUAACGGAUACAAAUAAUAUACCACCUUUAGGGUUAGCUGGUUGGACGUUGGGAAAUAAUAUGCUUGUCCCAUCUGCAUUUCCAUUAUAAAGACAUUACAAGAGUCGAGGAAUCGUGCAGCACGUUUGUGGCCUGGAAAGACGCAUGCUAGCGAAGCUAAGCUAGCCAACGUUAACGAGGCUGUACAGUUAAGUUAACGGAAGUGGCUAGUUUCACGAGCUAAUGUCGGCUAUCCCUUUAAACGUAUAAGCAACGUCGCCCCAGCUAGCAUUAACUCUGGCCGCGGUGGAGGGAAAGUUUGGCUGGAUCUAAAAUGAUAAUUGAAAACCUUGAUGCCUUGAAAACAUGGCUGUCUGAAACCCUCGAGCCCAUCUGUGAUGCAGACCCUUCUGCCCUCGCCAAGUAUGUUGUUGCUUUGGUGAAGAAAGACAAAAGUGAAAAGGAACUUAAAGCCCUGUGUAUAGACCAGUUGGAUGUAUUUCUCCAGAAAGAGACACAGCCAUUUGUGGAUAAGCUGUUUGAAGCCAUUGACAACAAAAACUACCUCCCGCAGACAGAGCAACCAUCCUCUCUGAUAAAAGUUGAGAAAGAUGAGCAGAAAAAAGAUGAGACAAACCGGGAAGACGAACGGGAGAAGAAGUUUUCUCGGCGAGUGAAUCACAGCCCACCGCAAUCAAGCUCUCGUUACAGCAGAGAUAUCAGGAGAGGAGAUGAUCGCAAGAGAGAAGACCGCUCAAGGAAGAGGGAAUAUGACCGCAUCCCACCAAGGAGAGACUCGUACCGAGAUCGCUUCAAUCGCAGAAGAGGCCGUAGUCGUAGUUACAGUCGUAGCCGCAGCCGGAGUUGGAGCAAGGACCGCACCCGAGACCGUGAGAGAGAGAGGGAUAGAGAAAGGGACAGAGAAAGGGAUCGAGAUCGCAGCAGGAGCCGGUCACAAACCAGAACCCACUCUAAAAGCAGGAGUAGAGAACGGGAUUCUGGGAAGUUGAAGUUUGAUCUUGAGCCAGUGGACAGGCCAGAGAGUAGUGAUGGCUACACCCCAGCAGCCCUGGUGCCCACUGCAACCACUUCACACUUCCCCGUGCCAACACUGAGCAGCACCAUUACCGUCAUCGCCCCAACACAUCACCAUAGCAACAACACCACUGAGAGUUGGUCAGACUUCCGCCCUGGGCAUCCUGUGGAUCGUGGCCUUUUUAAUAGGGGCCCACCCCCUCAACAGAGGAAGCGAUGCCGUGACUAUGAUGAAAAGGGCUUCUGCAUGAGAGGGGAUAUGUGUCCUUUCGACCAUGGAAGUGACCCAGUUGUUGUAGAGGAUGUCAACUUGCCCAAUAUGCUGCCCUUCCAACCUCCACCAAUCCCAGGUGUGGACACACCACCGCCCCCAGGCCUCCCACCGCCACCACCUCUCAUGAACCCUCCACCUGUAAACCUGCGGCCCCCUGUGCCCCCACCAGGCGCCCUCCCUCCCAGCCUUCCGCCUGUUGCAGGUCCACCUCCUCCUCUUCCUCCUCUGCAACCGUCGGGCAUGGAUGCUCCUCCCAAUUCCAUGACCAGCUCUGUUCCCACCAUUGUCACUUCUGGGAUGCGCUCCUCACUGCCCCAGGCCACAGUGCCACGCUACCCCUCCGACAACUAUGAGACAGAUGUGUACAAUCCAGAGGCUCCCAGCAUAACCAAUACCUCCAGGCCGAUCUACCGCCAUCGGGUCAAUGCCCAGAGACCCAACCUGAUUGGCCUCACAAUGGGAGAGGUGGACCAUCCACCGAGAGACAAGAUCCCAAACAACAGCAUGAGGAUCGUUAUGGAAUCUGAUCCGAGGAAGAGACCGCCUGUGUCCCACGAUGGAGGCCUCCCCUCCAAGAAACCUUGGUUUGAAAACCCCAACUUUAACAAACCCAACCAUCAAGGCUACCACAAUAGAGUCCCAUUCUCUCCUAACGCCAAGCUGCUGGUUCGGCAAAUUCCUUCCGAGCUCAACAACAUCAGCAAACUCAAUGAACAUUUCAGCAAGUUUGGCACCAUUGUCAACCUACAGGUGGCCUUCCAGAAUGACCCAGAGGGGGCACUGAUCCAGUUUGCCUCUCCAGACGAGGCCAAGCGGGCUAUGCAAAGCACAGAGGCUGUUCUCAACAACCGCUUCAUCAGGGUGCACUGGUUUCGUGAUGAUGGGAGUUAUGGCCAGGGCCAGUCUUACUCACUGCAGCAGCCUCAGCCACAACCAGCCAUGCAGCCCUCCGCCACGUCUCUUAAGCAGUCUGUCAAAGAUCGCCUCGGACCCCUGCUCACUUCGAACUCUGAGCCCUCACAAGAUUCCAGCGUAGCCUCUCAGAAUCCCUGUAAGGUGUCAGUGAAGGACCGUUUGGGUUUCUCUGCCAAACCAGCAGCUCCUGUUGAGAAAGUGUUUUCCACGUCCUUGGGUCUCACAAAGACCGUAUACAAUCCUGCAGCCCUGAAGGCAGCCCAGAAAACUUCAGAGGAAGCCCUGAAGAAGAAACAGGAAGCUCUAAGACUACAGCAGGAUGUAAGGAAGAAGAAGCAGGAAAUAUUAGAGAAGCACAUUGAGACGCAGAAGCUCCUGAUAUCCAAACUUGAGAAGAACAAAGCAAUAAAGGCAGAAGAUAAAGCCAAGGUCAUGGAAACGUUGGGCAUGUUAACCAAGAGCAUCACCAAACUGCAAGAGGAGAUAAAGGGAAUCUCAGGCACCCACAACCCGCUACGCAUAGCCAAAAGCAAGGCCCAGGCACAAAAGGAACUGUUGGAUACAGAGCUGGACUUGUACAAGAAGACCCAGGCCGGAGAGGACACUGCAGUUUUGAAGAUGAAGUACACACAGCUGCAGAUUGAGGCGGCUAGAAGGGGAAUCCUGUCACCGGGACGAGGCCGGGGGGUCCACGGUCGGGGCCGUGGUGCUCUCAGGGCCCGGGGAAGGGGCUGCAGAGGACGGGGAAGAGGUGUGUCACUGCAUGCGUUCGUGGACUAUCGACCACGAGCGAUGCAGAUUUCUGGUUUCACUGAGGCAGACCAUGUUGAUCUGCUACCACACUUUGCUCAAUUUGGAGAGAUUGAAGAUUGCCAGAUUGAUGAAAACAACCUGUCUGCAGUCAUCACUUACAGAACAAGAGUGGAGGCAGAACAGGCGGCUCUUCAUGGAGUGAGGUUCAACAACCAGACUUUGCGCCUGGCCUGGCAUAAGGCCGUCAAGACUCUCAGUGCUACCGAUGCUGAUGAGGCAGAACCAGAGGAUGAUGAGUACCCGGAAGAGUCUCUGAGUGAUGAUGCAUUGCUGCAGGAUGAUGAUGAGGAAGAAGACGACAACGAGCCUCGCUCGUGGCGCAGAUGAAGAUUGGUCAGACGCUCUUCCUUUUGUUGCACUGGUGUGGAAGACGAGCAACAAUCCAGGACCUUUAUAAGAUUUCAAUGCCUGUCCAUUAUCCAACAAGGCACAUUUUUACUUUGGCUAGACUUUUUUUUUCCCCUCACAAAUGUGUAACUGGCAGCAGAACCAUGUGCGAGUUUGAUUAAUUUUAAUGUGUAUACCAGAUGCAACAAUGGUGAAUUUUUUUAAUGCUCUUAAUGUAGAAAUAGUUUUGUUUUUUUCUUGUAACAAUACACAAAUACUUUGUCUGGACAUGUGAUAGCAGAUCACUUUAAGACACUUUUGUUGAACUCAGUUUAAGAUAAAACCUUUGAUGUAAUUUAACUGAUUGACAGACUAGCUUUUGCAGAAUAGUAUUCGGUUGACUGGUUUAAAUGCUCAUGUGUAAAUAUUUUAUGUCUGGGUUUCAAUGAUUUGUAUGAAAGCUUGGCUUCUCAGUUCUUGGCUUUACUUUGGAUUGUACAAAAAAUAAAGAAUUGAAAUGGUCUGAAAACAUCCUGCCAAAAAAAAUGAAAAGAUAAAAAAAGAAAAGAUAAAAAAAAAAAAAAAUGCUAUGGCAGUGGAAAAAAUGAUUCCUAAAAGAGCUGAAAAAAGACCAUUUCAAAAAACAAAAAAAUCUUCCUCUUCACCUAAAGAGCAAACUUCCUACAAAAUUCCUACUUCUAUGAAUUCUUUUUUCCUUUUUCUUUUUUGGAUCGGUAAGGUAACCUAAUAUAUUGCACUGAUUUCCAUGCCAAGGUAAAACAUGACAUCCGAUAGUAUAUUUUUGUAAAAUGUUGAAAUUUCUCCUAAUUAUUGUCCAGUAUGUCAAACAUUUGCAUAGCUUGACUUAAAUAUCCAAAUACAACAAUAACUAAGAGCCUUUGUGUUCUUUUUGUUGCAGGAGCUGUCUGUCUGCAGUAACCAGCUACAACUUCUUCUUUCUCCAAGAGGCGUCAACAUUUUAGAAUGUAUUUUUGUAUUUACUGUAAAAGUAUUUGUCUUUAAAGUGCUGCUGUAUUAAAAUCAAUUUUAUUUUA